AUGUCCAGCUGCGUGUUCUACGCUGCAUACCUGGGAUUUUCAGAUUUGAUUCACCACUGGAUUGAAAAGGAUGGAGUAGACGUGAACCACGCUGGUAGUUCGCGACGUACUGCAACAUUGGUGGCAGCUUCACGAGGCUAUCUGAGUUUGAUGGAAUACCUGGUUAGCAAAAGGGCAGAUGUGAACAUUUCCAGCAAUGAGGGAUGGACGCCAUUGUAUGCUGCCUCAUACAAAGGCCAUCUCGAGGUUGUCAAACUUCUUCUCGAAAAAGGGGCGGAUUGUGCGGUGGAGAAUAAUGACGGAUGGGCGCCGCUGAACGUUGCCUCAAGUAACGGCCACUUCGAGAUUGUUAAACUUCUUCUCGAGAAAGGGGCGGAUUGGGCGGCCGCCGACAACGGCAGACGGGCGCCGUUAUAUAAUGCUUCAAAAAACGGCCACCUCGACGUCGUUAAACUUCUUCUCAGACACGGAGCUGAUUUAACGAUGGCAAACAAUCACAGACGGACGCCAAUAUUCGCUGCUUCAAGCAACGGCCACCUCGAGGUUGUGAAACUCUCGAAAAAGGGCCGAUUGCAGAUGUUUAGGUAA